UUUCUUUCUCCAAGUUCCAAACAGACCAUAAAAGAGGAACAUUUCUUUAAGCUGCAACCCGCCGUUUCCUAGCCGUACCUUCAAACCCUUCAAGAAUCUCUCACCUUCCCCUCUCCUAUAUUUUUAUCUUCUCUCUCUCUCUGGUCUCUUCUACUCUCUUCCAAUGGACGCCGUCCUCCUCAGAACCCCAAUCCUCCGUGUUCCUCCUCCUCGCCUAACCCACACCAACUCCUCCAAAUCCCGUAAACAGCUCACUUGGGUUUCCUUCAGACCAAAAACACAGACAUACCCAAAUCGCUGUUACAGUUACUGCCCCUCUCCUCAUUCUUCUACCAAACUUUCCCGCCGCCGCUUACUUAAUCUGCUGCCCUUUGCGUCCGCCGGCGGAGAAACCACCGAAGUCGACGAAGAGGUAGCGGUCCAAGAACCCGAGAUUCAGGAUAAUUUAGAUGGUGCUGUUGCCGUGGAAGAUGGUGAAAGUGAGGGUGAUAGUGGCUAUGCAGAGGAACCUACCUUAGCCAUUAUUGCUUUACUGAAAUCGUAUAAAGAAGCUAUAGCAAGCAAUGAUGAGUCUAGAGUUUCUGAGAUAGAGGCUAUCAUCAAGUCCAUUGAAGAUGAGAAAAAUGAAUAUGAGAGAAAAGUGGUUGUAUUGUCUGAAGAACUAUCAUCCGCCAAGGAACGGAUUCUUAGGAUAAGUGCAGACUUUGACAAUUUUCAGAAGAGGACAGAGAGGGAGCGGCUUUCACUGCUGACGAAUGCACAAGGGGAAGUUGUGGAGGAUCUGUUGCCUGUUUUGGACAACUUUGAGAGAGCUAAAGCCCAGAUAAAGGUGGAGACUGAGGCGGAGGAGAAAAUCAACAACAGUUAUCAGAGCAUCUAUAAGCAGUUUGUGGAGAUUCUGGAGUCCCUUGGUGUCGUCCCUGUGGAGACAGUAGGGAAACCCUUUGAUCCAUUGCUGCAUGAGGCCAUUAUGCGCGAUGAAUCCACAGAAUUUGAAGAAGGCGUCAUAAUUGAGCAAUAUCGAAAGGGGUUCCAACUCGGUGAUCAACUUUUGCGUCCAUCAAUGGUGAAGGUAUCGGCUGGUCCAGGGCCUACGAAGCCUGAACCUGUGGAGCCAGUUGAAGUAGCAGAAAGUGGAAGUGAAGCCAGUGACGAGGGCAGCAAAGAAGCGGAGUCCCCUGAGGAUUAACUUAACCUAAAUGCAGUUUUGUAUAAACUGUAGCUAUAGUGAUGUCAUCCUUGUUUUGAGACUUGUAAUAUUGCGGACGUGGUUGUUUGCGACGAUGGUGCUAUUUUGAGUUUCGUUUUCAUCCAGAGUCAUCACCACCGUCGAUUUGAGGGAACUAGAAUGUUGUCGUCGUUGACCGGCGACUGUCUUGCUCAUGGCAUGGUAUUGUUUGAUUGAUGACCAAGGACAUACAUUUUUUCUGGUGCUAUUAGAAAGAGGGAAUACAAGAAUUGAAGUCCUGAUGUUGUAUC